ACUGUGGUAACUGUCAAUAAAUUUUAACUCAAGCCGCUGUGCAAAGGACUGACUGAGAGGAAGAGCCAGAGCGCAGGAAGGUCUCAUUCAGCGGCAGCGGGGACGACUAGAGAGAAUGUGAAUAUAUCAUUCAGGUAUAUAACUGAAGAAUAGUAGACUGUUACAGUGAUGGAUAUGAGAGAUGCUGCGGGAAGGUGGGAUGCUCUGGGCAGUCGAGACUCGAGCUCCAGACACGCAGCGAUGGAGCUCCUUCACCAGGAGGUGAUGAAGAGAAUAGAGACCAUGGGGCCGAUACCGCAGUCCUCCUCUCCCCCAGCCAUGGAUGACUGUCUGUCCAGUGAUCUCAAUGCUCUCCUGGCUCAUGUCCUGAUGCUCUCCAAACGGUGUCCUUAUGAAGACAUCAGGAAGAAAUGCAUCUGUUUGCUCCAGAAGGUUCAGGACGUUGGAGUGCGAAUCCCCAGACCGGUGGGAAAUGGACCAAGUAGAUUCAUUCCAGAGAAAGAGAUACUUCAAGUAAGUAAAUUGGAUGAAAGAAUACAGUCGAUUUUUGAGGACGCCUUUGCAGUGCUCGGUCGCCUUGACAACAUCUCCUUAGUGAUGGGGUUCCAUCCUCAGUAUCUAGAGAACUUUCUUAAGACACAGCAUUCCCUGCUUCUGAUGGACGGUCCAUUGUCUCUGCACUGCAGACAUUACAUAGGGAUAAUGGCUGCUGCCAGGCACCAGUGCACGUAUCUGGUCAACCUGCACGUGAAUGACUUCCUGCAGGUCGGAGGUGAUCCCAAGUGGUUGAAUGGUCUGGAAGAAGCCCCACAGAAGCUGCAGGCUCUUGGGGAGCUCAAUAAGAUCCUGGCCCAUCGCCCCUGGCUGCUCACCAAAGAACACAUUGAGCGUCUACUGAAGGCAGAGGAGCACAGCUGGUCGCUGGCCGAGCUGAUCCAUGUUGUGGUGCUACUUACGCUCUAUCACUCUCUGGCCUCCUUUACAUUUGGUUGCGGCAUCAACCCUGACAUCCACACAGAUGGAGGACAUACAUUCAGGCCGCCCUCGCUCAGCGGUUACUGCGUUUGUGACAUUGCUAAUGGCAACGGUGUCCUGGAGGAGAUGUUUGGGAACCAACAGGUAUCGGAGUUGUCUGGUGAGGUGGAAGUGUUGAUGGAGAAGAUGAAGCAGCUCCAGGAAUCUCAUGACGAAGAGGAAGCCAGUCAGGAGGAAAUGGCCACUCGUUUUGAGAGGGAGAAGACCGAGAGCAUGCUGGUGGUAACCUCAGAGGACGAGGAGUGUGUACCAUCCAGAGAUGUUUCACGACACUUCGAAGACCCUAGUUAUGGCUACAAGGACUUUUACAGAAGAAGAGAACAUGUGCCCACCCUCAGAGUGCAGGACUAUAAUUGGGAAGAUCAUGGCUUUUCCCUUGUGAAUCGGCUGUAUCCGGAUUUUGGACAGCUUCUGGAUGAAAAGUUCCAGAUCGCUUACAAUCUGACGUACAACACAAUGGCGACACACCAGGGUGUGGACACUUCCAUGCUUCGUCGAGCCAUCUGGAACUACACCCACUGCAUGUUCGGGAUUCGGUACGAUGAUUAUGAUUAUGGAGAAAUUAACCAACUACUAGACCGCAGUUUUAAAGUCUACAUCAAAACUAUGGUGCGCACUCCAGAGAAGAUCACCAAGAGGAUGUACGACAGCUUCUGGAGGCAGUUCAAGCACUCGGAGAAAGUCCACGUUAAUUUGCUUCUUAUGGAAGCGCGCAUGCAGGCAGAACUGCUCUACGCUCUGAGAGCUAUCACUCGCUACAUGACAUGAAGUGCUGUUCUUGUCUACCUUUUUAUUGUUCUUUACUGUUGUUGACGUUGGACACUUAAACGUAAAAAAUGACAAAAAAAUGGAAAAAUAAAACUGAGGAAGAAGAACAACAACAACAGGCGGCGGCGGAGGGCGAUGACAAGGUUGUUUUGUUAAAAGAAGGAAAAAAAACAACAACAACGGUCAACUGAACCUACUUGCUGAAUCACUUGUGUGGCUGCUCAGCCUGCAGUGCCAAAACUGGCCACUGGGGGAGUGGGGCCGUCUGAGCAAAAUCCCUCUAGUGUUUAAGAGGACAAGCUGAGACUGCGAGCUUCUGGACGCCAGACCUCCUUUAGUAUUUCAAAUGCAUCUGCGAUAAGAUGCCAUAUAAUCAUAUCUUCUUUUUGUGAGAUGAGAUUUAAAAAAAAAACAACAACAAAAAACACAAAUAGCAACUCCAGUGCAGAAAGACUGCACUAACACGACUAUCUACUAGUUUUUUUUAUAUAUUUUCAUUUUUUUGUUCAGCAGUGGCUAGAGAUAGAAGCAUUACUGAUUUUGCAUAAACGCGUGCCUAGUUAUGCGCAGCACUGGCAACAGAUGCUGAGGUGCCGUCUGUUCAUGCUGCUUUUCUCAAUUGAGAGGCCUCAAGACACCCAAACCAUCACCCAUUUGUAUAAGCUAAUCCAGGAACGAUUGUGUUGGUGUGAGUGUGAGAGCGCAAUUCAAAAAGUAAUAGCUGUCUGAGCCCUUGUUAGAGUUUACUGUAAAACACCACUUUGUUUCAUUAUGACAUUUCCAAUGUGUGAAUGCUAUUGGGGGAAUAGAGGGAAAAAAAAUCCAAACAUAGGCUCUUUUUGGGGUUUCACGCAUUAAAAAUAUCAAAGCACUUUUUUAAACAAUGUUAAGCUUCAGCUUUUAUGUAGCCAUUUUGUUUCGAUGACCGCUUUCUAUCUUUUUUUAUUUGUAUUAUUGACUUUCAAAGCAGUAAGGUCUUCCUUUUGUGACGUGCUUCCUGUUGCUCUGAUCCAUCCGCCUUAUCUGUCUUCCUUUGAAUGCACGGUCAUCUUAACUCCUUGUUUUUAUUUUGGGGUUUAUUAUAACUUUAUACCUCCUGUUAUAUAUCCUUAAAUAUCUAAGUGCUGUCUAGUGAGCAGAACUUUGUCUUACGUGGCUGUCGUACGCUACAAUCUGUACAAAGCUAGACGCUGAACCAAGCGACCCGCACGCUUGUGGGGUAAACCAUGCUUGUUCUCAUUAUCAGAACUUUAACCAAUGUAACUAAACAGUUUAGUUUUGUGUGUGUGUGUGUGCGCUCAUUUUCUUUUCAAGCAGAGUGGAUUCUCUGCUGACUUUUUUUGUUUACUAAACCAUUUAAGUACUGCAUUCUGAUGAUGGCAGGACUAGAGGGAUGGUACUUUUUUUUGGAGAUGGAUAUGAGGAGGUUUUAAGUCAGACUUGAGAGACUGAUGUCAGUUACUGACAAUUUUAUAAGGAAUUAUUUGUAAAAAAUAAAUAAAUAAAUAAAUAAAACAUGGUAUUUCACCGGUUGUAUCAUUUGUAAUUUAAUCAAUCUUUCUGUGUUCUUCCCAAAAAGUUACAUUAGGAUGAUGCAUUACACCCAACAUUUAGUAUUAAAUAAAAUUUGUACAGUCCAAACACCUUGUACCACGAGAACUGAUGGUUACUUUUGUCCUUAUUAACAAUAACACACUUUAAGAUAUCAUUUAUAUAACUUUUAGGUCACAUAAUCAAUGUUUUUAUGUCCAUGAACAUCCACCCACUAGCAGAGACCUUUGUAGCAGAGUAAUAUAUCAGCACAGACACUACAGGCCUAUAGAAAAGCAUCCACUGCUGUGCACUAAUGAUUUAAACACAAGCAAUUCGCCCUCUCACAGUGAAGAUUAAAGAAAGCAAUAUUGUUGACCAGGAAACAAUAAGGAAAUUUUCCCUUAUGUUGUUUGUAAUUUCCCUGUUUGUGGUUAUGAGGCUGGUGGUCAUUAAGUGCCAGUAAAUGGCCAUUCAAUGGAAAUCACCAUAGGCUAGUUGUUGCUCAUUUUAAAAGAAUAAUACAAGAAGUUGGGUUCCCCUUUUAAUAUCGAUAAAAUAUCUGAAAAAAAUCCCUUGGAUGUUGUGCAGGAGUUAAAUGGCUUCAGACUUCACAUGAUGGAGACAGA